AUGGCUCCAUCCGAUAGUCUGAUGUAUACCCUUCGGGGUAAGAGUGCUUCCUAUUACCCAUCGACCAUCAUAAAAGUCAUCAUCCUGCUUCGCCUUCAGAAAGUCAUCGCUAAUCUUUCCAGAACUCGUCCCACUCUCUCGUGGAUUCUGUACAUCUUUUCCAUCCUAUUCAAUCUCGCUCAACUUACCGGGUCCUUGAGGGGUUUAAACGUGCUGAAAACGAGGCCGAAGCCUCAAGUAGACGGUGGCAGCAAAAACAAAGACAAUUCGACCGCCCUGCCACCGUCGAGCGAUCUGUCCCUCAUCAAUCGUGUUAUAUGGAGCAUAAUUUGGCCUACCAUGGCUGCAAACCCACGCCCUCCGACGGACGUUGAACGCCGUAUUCACAAGAUCAAGCGUGAUAUCAACUCUUCAGCUAUUGGACAUCUUGAUCGUGCCUUUGACAGAAUGGCAGUCGCCUUUACACCAAAUAUUAGGUUUGCUGACCUUGAUUUCAAUGGUCCUCCCGCUACUGCCACGAAUUCGCGUCCUAGUGGCCAAAUUAUGCAGUACCAUGCCAAUUCAAAUAUUCAGACCUUACCAUGUUCUACCCCGGUUCCAGCUCUUCAUAUGCAUCCAGAGAAUCGACAUAUGUUUCGUUACUUUGUCGGCAUUCCAGGAUCCAGGAAAGAUGAGGGCUAUUUGAAUUCUAUCUAUAAUAUCAGAACUGAGUUUACCCAAUACCCCCCUUCUACCGGGCGAAACCUUCAACCGACUUCUGCAAGUAAUCUCCGUGUUGGUCAACGUCUUUUUGGACACUGUCUAGUCGUCAAAGCGAUUCUUCCACCAAAGCAUCUGGAUGCUACACAUGUUCUUAUCGAAGACGAUUCUGGGAAGUGGGAAUUGUUACAUAUCUUCAACUUCCCGUACAGCAACCACCCAGAGGAUCGAAUUGGGCAAGGUCAACUGAUGAUCCUUAGGGAGCCAAUGUAUUACAUUGGGUAUGGUGGAUUUCCGGCUAUACGGGUUGAUCACCCUUCCGAUAUCGUGUACAUCAUGUACGACGACCCACUUGUGCCACCCAAGUGGCAGAGAAAGGAUGCUCAUGGCCUAGAUGCUGAGCCCAGGGUUCUCAGGAUGGAUGGAGAAGUCCGUAUGAGGUGGAGAAAGUAUAAUCAAGCAGCUGAUUGCUUGACUUUAGCGUACAAUAUCGCCGAUCGAGCUCAGCAAGAAAUGCUGUUGAACUUCUCCCGCCCAUCAUCUUCGGUUGUCCAUACUAGCUCUAAACUCGAGGCCAUUAAGCUUCGUGUCGGCUGUUACUAUAACCUUCGCCAGUGGGAAAAAUGCCAUAGUGACGCCAACACUCUCCUAUACAUAUCUUUCAAUGAGAGGGACGCUUUGUAUAAAGCCAACGCUCUUUUUCAUCUCAAAUCGCUCGAUGAAGCCAAACAAGCCAUCUUCAGAAUCAUUGGUGGAUCUCGGUACAAAUUUGAGGAAUGUUCAAAGUUGCUCUUCCAAAUUCGAACCCACCAGAGUAACUCUGUGGGUCUCUAUAACAUGACACACAUACUUGAACGUGGAAAGGAAGGGCAGCGCGAAGUUUGUGCUGGCGAUUUUACCCUUGGAGUUAGAGUGAAAAAGACCCCAGGUAUUGGUGGACAUGGGCUGUUUGCUCAGAAAGAUUUCAAGCUGGGUGAACUUGUAAUGGCUGUUAAGGCAGCAGCGACGGUUCAUGGAGAGAACAACGUUGCCUUAGAGAUUAGAGACCAACGUGGAGAGUACGUUGGGACCAAAUACGGGCAAGGAAUGGUACCCCAAAUUAUUGCAAGAAUGAUCGCAGAACCGAAGAAUAUUGGGCAUUUGAUUCAGAAGCUGAAUCGAGACAAGUUUGAUGGAACCUUUUUCAAGCACAACGGAGAAUGUAUUGUCAACGGGUUUUGGAUCGAUGAUACGAUUGAACAGUGCGCUAUGCAGCAUGGCAUCUAUAACAAGCGUAUUCCUGAUUUUGGCGGUAUCUUGGAUCCCGACGUCUUCCCAAGUCUGACUCCGAGUAUGCGAUCAUCUACACCAGCCAGCAAUAUUAGCCUUGGCCCUCGGAAUAAAUCAAUCCUCUCAAUGAACCGUUCCACCCAGGGUCAAGAUAUUCUUAUCGAUUCGAGUUUUGCAGAUCAAAUGAGCUUUUUCCCCCAAGCAUCAUUCAUCAACCACAGCUGCGUCCCGAAUACUCGAAUUUCAAUAUUUUCAGACGUCUUAUUUGUUUAUGCGGCUUCUUCAAUCAGCAAAGACGAGGAAAUCUUUAUCAACUACAUGGACGAUGAUUACUCGCCACUCGCUCAGCGCCGCGAGUUUUUAAGAGAAACCUUUGGAUUUACGUGUAGAUGUGCACGCUGCGUAUUUGAGUCUGACAAUUUUAAAUAUUGGAGCGUACGCAAAAAGGCACACGAGGCGAUCAGCGAGUUGAUCAAUGGGGACUAUACACACAGCCCUUCUAUUAUCUUGGAUGGCAUCUCACAUUGCAUCAAGACCUUGAAAUACGAGUUCAAAGACCAUCCUAGCGAUAUUCCCCAGUUUGACAUGGCAUGGGCAUUGAUGGCGGAAGAACAUGUUCGACUCGCAGUGGACCGCGACCUGAGACGCACCGGUAGAACCGCAGAGCUGAGGAAUAUGAAGUUAGCGCUCCAGAUUUUACAAGCGCUUGGAGCCGAAUACGAAUUUGUCGAAGGGGAUGUCAACAUUUUCAGAUACGGCUAUGUUUGCAAGUGGCUCGUUGAGGCGUGGAUCUUGGCGGCGAUUAGCAGUGCUAGAUUCUAUGGGGGUGUCUUUUGGACACUUAAGGUCGCCGCUAGGGAGGUCUAUAAAAUUCUAUGCGGAGAAGAGAUUACGUUUGAAAAGUUGUUUUGGGGAAGGUUAGAAGAGGCUGGAGUUUCAGAGCUGACUGAGGAAGAUAUGUUGAGCAUGGCAGACCUGGUAGAUUGGACGGAGCGGGAGAAUUUGAGCAAGACAGAGUUGGCAGGAUGA